GCCGACGAAGCCGCCCUGGAACUGGAUGAGCACGCUGUUAAUUUUGACGGGCUGGGCGAACUCAACAAGGAUGUACUGCGGCGAGCCUUGGUCGGAGUUCCAGCAGGUCUCGAGGCUGGCAUCGAAGAGGUGUGCUUUGCCGAAGGACUUUGCGUCGCGGUUCAGCACGGAGCUGACCUUGCAUUUGGAAAUGAGGGGUGUGAGCGAGGACAUUGUCUUGCGGAGCGGUAGAAGGGAAAAGCGAGCAUGAUCACGCAACAGAUGGGAAAAUUUUUUUGUUGUGUUGGCAGGUGGUGGUGGUGGUGGUGGCAUUUUGGCUACCCGCAAUUUCUCUUCUGCUCUCGUAUUUUUUUAUUCAUUCAGAUCCAACCCUAGAAGCACAACAAUGAGCGACGCAUCUCAACACACGUGCCUGCGCGAUGGCUGCGACAAGGCGGCGAAGCUGCAAUGCCCGACGUGCGUCAAGCUCGGAAUCAAGGGCUCGUUCUUCUGCUCGCAGGAGUGCUUCCGGCAGAGCUGGGGUGCGCACAAGGACGCGCACCAGGUCGAGAACCCGCGGGCCACGUACAACCCGUUCCCGUCCUACCCCUACACGGGGACGAUCCGCCCCGAGUAUCCGCUGAGCCCGCGGCGGGCGGUGCCAGCGGACAUUCCGCGGCCCGACUACGCAGACGCAUCGGGCGGCGUGUCCCGUCUGGAGCAGAGCUACGGCAACGCGCAAAUUUCGGUGCUGACGGAGGCGGAGACGGCGACGAUGCGUCACGUGUGCCGCCUUGGCCGCGAGGUGCUUGACAUUGCCGCGCGUGCCGUGAAGGUGGGCGUGACGACCGACGAGAUCGAUCGGGUGGUGCAUGAGGCGACGAUUGCGCGCAAGGCCUACCCGUCGCCGCUGAACUACUACGGGUUCCCGAAGAGCGUCUGCACCAGCGUCAACGAGGUCAUCUGCCACGGCAUCCCCGACCAGCGCGCGCUGCGCGACGGCGACAUCAUCAACAUCGACAUUUCGCUCUACAAGGACGGCUUCCACGCCGAUCUCAACGAGACGUAUCUGGUGGGCAAUGUCGAUGAGGAAGGCCAAAAGCUGGUCAGUGUUACGCGCGAGUGCCUGGACCGCGCCAUUGCGCUGGUCAAGCCCGGUGCGCGGUACCGCGAUCUGGGCGCGGCGAUUGAAUCGCAUGCCAAGGCCAACGGCUUCUCGGUCGUGCGCACGUACUGCGGGCAUGGUGUCGGCAAGAUGUUCCACUGUGCGCCGAAUGUGCCGCAUUAUGCGAAGAACAAGGCGGCUGGUGUGAUGCGGCCUGGACAUGUGUUCACCAUCGAGCCCAUGAUCAAUGUUGGCCGGUUUAACGACCAGACGUGGCGGGACAACUGGACUGCGGUGACGGCCGACGGCAAGCGCAGUGCGCAGUUUGAGCACGGGAUCUUGGUCACCGAGACCGGCUACGAGGUGCUGACCAAGCGCCUGGAGGAUUCGCCUGGUACCCAGCGCUAAACUGCUCUCUGUGAAGUCCCUCACGGGGUUCUGUCUCAUCUGAAUACACUUCAAAAACAAAAAAAAGCACCUACCGUAACCACCCACAUCCAAUGUUCUGGUAUAAAU